AUGAUUUAUAUAAUUUUAAAGAAUACCAAGCGAAAAUGUAACCCAGACCCUGCCGCUCUGUCCCUGUUAAAAAGCCUUAUUUUAUCAUUGACUAAACAGGCAGGCCUCAGAUUCUUUGCCAACCUCGAAUUACACUGGUUGCAAUCUAUUUUUCGGUGCUCGAUGGAAACGAUGCUCUCUCAAGAAGUCGCUAUUACCACUCCCAACGGUUUCAAGGUUCGCCCAGUUACCAAAUUCAUCAAGACCGCCAGAAGUUUGAAGUCCGACAUUACUUUGUCUUGCAAUGGCAAGACUGCUGAUUCCAAAUCGCCCUCCAACUUGAUGGCUUUGGCUUUGACCAACGGUGAUGUUGUCACUAUUUCUGUCAAUGGAUCUGAUGAAGAAAAAAAUCUAAAGACCAUGGUUGAGCUCAUGAAGAAAUUGGGAGGACAAUAA